GCGUCGUUCGUUGUGUCGGAGUUCUAGUGUUGUACGCUAUUUUUAUGAAACAUUGUUUUAUCGCAAAUAUAUUUGUAACUUCAAUCGAUUUGUAAUCUUGAACAUGGAAAAUUGCGCAUGCCAUAGUGCUCCUUGUUCUUAAUUCGACGCAACGAUAAAGUGAGAUGGUCUAAAUUGACGGAAAUUAAUGAAGCGCUGAAUUGAUCCGUCCAUUGUUAACGAGGGAUUAAUAAGACAUCAUCAAGGAAUAUAAACACCAAAAUGACGGACUAUUGGAAAUCUCAGAACCGCAAGUUCUGCGACUUCUGCAAGUGUUGGAUUGCCGAUAAUAAACCGAGUAUCGACUUCCACGAGGGUGGCAGGAAACACAAGGAAAACGUCAGCAAGCGACUCAAGGAGAUACACAAGAAUAGCGCGAAGCAGGCGAAGCAGAACAAGAAAUUUGAAGACGACAUUAAGAAGAUGGAGAACGCUGCUAUGGCCGCGUACCUGAAGGAUGUCGAGAAUAACACGCGAGACAUGACUGCUGAGAGGAUCAUUAAGGAGAAAUUAAACAAGGUAGAAACGAAAGAGGGAACGCCUCAAAAAAGUUGCAUGUCAUCUGCCGCUCCGGAGACAGUAGCAAGAUUCAAAAGUAAACCCGAACAGUUCUUCCCGAUAGCGACAGAUCCUUGCGAUCCAGCGACUUUGUCAAAGAACACGCCAUCGGUUCCUCGGGUUCAGCAGGGCGGCGAGAACAGGACUCCAGGGAAGAGUAAAGCUAGCAAGAUGAAGGGGAAAGGGAAGAAAUCCCAUGAGGACGAUCGUCCAAGCGCACCCGUCAGGAAACUGUGGUACGAAGCUCUCAGUCCCGAAGGAUACACCUACUACUGGCACAUUGAGACCAACGAGUCAGUUUGGGAGCCUCCAGAGGAAGGUUAUAUGACUUUCGCGGAACAAGAAGAAGAGGCGAAGGAAGAAGCAUUUCAGAAGGAACUCAUGGAACAAUUAGACAAGGAAGAAGCGAUUAAGAAGGCGGAUAUUAUCGAGGAACAACGGGCCAAUGUCGAAAGAGAGAAGAUGAGAGAAUUUAGGAGACGUUCGACGCAAGCUACCGCUGAAAAUGACGAUGCCGAAAGUGACGACAAAAAUGCGGGAGAGGUAAAGAGAGAAGCGGCCGAGGAGGAACGACCUUACAGGCGAGACUACAGUGUGCCCGACAGACCACAGCCUUACGGAUCCUGGCAAAUUGUGCAGACUAUCGAAAAAAAGCCAGUAGACCUGCAGUUGCCGAAGCAGAAGCAAAUACAGUUACCUACUUUCGAGAAGAUAGAAUUACCGCCUCUGCAGAGAACUUUUAAGGAAAGAACUGUUACGAAAAUUGCCGGUGAUAGUGACGAUGAGGGGACAUCAGUUACUUUCAAGAAACGUAAAAUUGGGAACAAGAACGUGCGCAAAAGAGCGACUGACGAUUAACAAUAAUACUCAUUUAUCGAUGGUAACGCAAUAUUUUUUUUUUAAUCUUCAAUUGUAUGAUUAAAAUACUUAUUUCUGGCACACAUGAGCAAUCAAAGAAACAUCAGGUAAUAAUAAUAAUAUUCGUGAACCGAGAACUGGGUUAUAAGUAACCCAGAGAAUAUGAAGACGUCUUAAGAUGUCUUUGAGACGAUAAGACGUCUUUUAGACAUACGUGUUAUGUGGGAAUAGCCCAUACAAUUGUUUUGGGAAAAAGGUAUAUAAACUUGAUCCUCCAUGUAAAGCACGC